GAUUCGCUCAACUCUAGUGUUACAUGAGGCCAAUAUUUUUUAACUUAAAAUCACAUGUAAAAAUUUAAAUCUCUCAUGAUUUAAUCUUGUUUAUCUAAUUUAUCUAUGUAAUUCUUACAAUUGUUGCUUUUCAGUGUAAUCAGGGUUGAAAUUAGGAAAAUCUAUUGAUUGAUCAUGUAUAACGCUAUUCGCUAUAGCAAUUGUUGCCGUUUGUAUUCAAAUUUUACCAGAAAUCAAUAUCAUCUUUUGAGUCCCGUGAUUAGUCAAGCAUCUGCAAUCAAUGGACCUCAUUACUGUGUUUAUAAGAGACAUUUCUCAUCGGAUAGAAAAGGAUUUUUCGGUCAAGUUUUGGACAACAUCAAACAAGAGAUUGCCAAGAAUAAAGAAAUGAAAGAGAAUAUAAAAAAAUUUAGAGAAGAAGCUCAAAAAUUAGAAGAAUCUGAUGCACUGAAAAAAGCCAGAGAAAAGUUUGAAGCAAUUGAGGCCGAAACAACGAAAGGCUCUGAAAAAGUCAAAGAGCAAUUCAAAUCGUUGAAAGAAAAAUUCCGAGAAACUAUCGAGGAAGCAAGUAAAAGUGAUUUAGGUAAACAAGGUUUAAAAGUUGGUGAAGAAAUUGUCAAACAAGCUAGAGUAGCUUCUGAGCAAUUAGCCAAACAAGGCCAACAAUUAGGAGAUGCUUCUGCUUUUAAAGCCGUAAGUGAGGGUGUCAAAGCUAUCAAAGAAGAAGUUGAAGAUGUUACUAUUUCUGGACCCUCAGUUUAUAAACCACCCAAAAAAUUGAGAAAAAGGACAGAACAGUUACAUGCUUCAGAUAAACCCAUCGAAGUCAAUACUGAAGCAACUGGGGUUGAACUCCAUAAAGACAGUAAAUGGUAUAAAAGUUGGGAAAAUUUCAAGGAAAAUAACCAAUACGUUAACAAAGUUUUUGAUUGGAAAAUGAAAUACGACGAGAGUGACAGUCCGAUCGUUAGGGCAUCGAGAUUGGUCACUGACAAAUUAGCCGAUAUGUUUGGUGGAGUUUUUCGUAAAACCGAGCUUUCAGAGGCUUUGACAGAAAUUUGUAAAAUGGACCCCAAUUUUGACAAGGCUAGUUUUUUAAGAGAGUGUGAAGUUGACAUUAUACCAAACAUUUUAGAAGCCAUGGUUAGAGGUGAUUUAGAAAUACUACAAGAUUGGUGCCAUGAAUCGGCCUAUAGUAGAUUGAAAGUACCAAUCGAUACAGCCACGAAAUUAGGUUACAAAUUGGAUUCCAAAGUUUUAGAUAUUUCCCAUGUUGAUCUCGCUAUGGGUCAAAUAAUGGAACAAGGACCAGUGUUAAUAAUUACUUUUCAAACUCAACAAAUUAUGUGUGUUAGAGAUGGUUCUGGUAAUGUCAUUGAAGGGGAUCCUGACAAGAUUCUCAGAUUUCACUAUGUCUGGGUUUUAUGUCGAGAUCAAGAGGAGCUUAAUCCUAAAGCUGCUUGGCGACUACUGGAUUUAUCUGCAAAUAGUCAAUCACAAUGGUUGUGAUGUAAUGUAGAUCUUAAUUUCUGCCAAAUAAAUUUAUGUAAAGUUAUAAUAAAUAGAUUUUUUGUAUUCACCUAAA